AUGGCCGACUCCCUCACUGAAGAGCAGGUUUCUGAGUAUAAGGAGGCCUUCUCCCUAUUUGACAAGGAUGGCGAUGGCCAGAUCACUACCAAGGAACUGGGCACUGUUAUGCGCUCGCUCGGUCAGAACCCCUCCGAGUCUGAGUUGCAGGAUAUGAUCAACGAGGUUGAUGCCGACAACAACGGCACUAUUGACUUUCCUGAGUUCCUGACCAUGAUGGCCCGUAAGAUGAAGGACACCGACUCCGAGGAGGAGAUCCGAGAGGCUUUCAAGGUUUUUGACCGCGACAACAACGGCUUCAUUUCCGCUGCUGAGCUGCGCCACGUGAUGACUUCCAUCGGCGAGAAGCUGACUGACGACGAGGUUGAUGAGAUGAUCCGUGAGGCGGACCAGGAUGGUGAUGGCCGAAUUGACUACAACGAGUUCGUCCAGCUUAUGAUGCAAAAAUAA